CUUGUGAUGUGAUGGAUUAAUAUAACUUAUGAUGUGAUGGAUUAAGAUGUUUUUAUGAUUAAUGGUGUUCAAUUAAAUAUAUAGGAGUUUAACAGCAGGAACACCAGGGCAAUGUUUGGAUGUAUCGCCAUGGAGAUCUAACAGGACACAACAUUUGGGCAAUGUUUAGAUAUAUAUAUAUAUAUAUAUCGCCACAGAGAUUUUUAAGGACACAAACUAUACACAUAGUUUGGUUAUAUCGCUACCUAACAGGAAACAUCAUUGGGACAAAUUGUUGGAAUAUACCAACACGGAUUUGGAUUUAAAAGGAGACAAUCAAUGAUAAUAUUUCACUAUGGCUGCGACAAUUAUUUGCCCAACCUGUUAUGACAGACAUAAAGUGACAAAUCUGUAAUUGUAACUGUUUUCCCUCAGCUUUGAUGUAUUUACUGUGAUGCUUCAUCCUGCCUACAUGUGUUUGAUUAGUGCAUAUAUCACCCUGUAAUAUAUAUAUCGGUUUUCUAUUUUCAAUUGUUAGUCAUGCAGGAACCAUUGAAAGUUAAUCAAACUGACCAUGUUUUCAUGUCCACGGAAACCCAACUCCUCCAUAAUGUCGCGGCAACCACUAUUGCAUCUCUUGGUUUCAUCACUAAUGCCAGCACCAUCCUGGCUAUCAUCAAAACGAGGCUGUACAGGGAAGCAGCCAUCUUGUUGGUUCUGAACCUGAUCAUGUUGAACCUAAUUCCCUGUGUAUUCUCCCUGCCCUAUAUCUCCUACCUCUCAUUCACCCACCAAGAACGUGUCGCUGGGAAGGUGGACGACACACUUUGUAAGAUCAUGGGUUUCCUGACAUACAGCAUGGUCGGCUCAGAGAUUCUUGGCCUCAUACUAAUUUGUACGAACCGAUACAUACUUGUAGUACAUUUUGACAAGUACCAACAGAUAUACAAACGAAAAUUCAAUGUAGUAGUCAUGCUGGUUGUUUCCUGGAGUAUUUACCCGAUCUUAUUGAUAUUCCCCGCCUCGGAGGUAUGGGGGCAGCUCAAGUAUGAUCCCCAGAGGUUUUUCUGCCAUCCCUUCAAUGGCGACUCCUAUAGUAGCUUCCUGACUCUAUUAACAGUGGGUGUGAGCAUGCCUAUCCUUGCCUUCUGCUACAUAGCCAUGAUCUACAAGGUUUGGACCAGUAAGUUCAAAGUGGACGCUAGUCGCAGCAUUCACCAGUCCACUUACCAGCCCAAUAAACCUGGCACCAGGCGUUACAAGCAGGAAAGACAGCUGGUCAUCACGGUCAUUCUUAUACUGACCACGUUCACUUUGCUCUACACACCAUUCAUUUUGUUGUCCAUACUAGACCAGGACGACUCUAAGUACGACCCUAUUAUCAUAAUAGCCUGUCUCUAUACGGCAUGGUCACACACUGUCAUCAACCCUCUAGUCUACAGCUUUAGGAACUCUCACAUAUUGAAGGCCUUCUGCUGUAGGACCAGUAACAGUUAGUCUACAGCCUUUUGCUGUAGGACCAAUAACAAUUAGUCUACAGCUUUAGGAACUCUCACAUAUUGAAGGCCUUUUGCUGUAGUACCAGUAACAGUUAGUCUACAGCUUUUUGCUGUAGGACCAAUAACAGUUAGUCUAAAGCCUUCUGUUGUAGGACAAGUAACAGUUAGUAUACAGCUUUAGGAACUCUCACAUAUUGAAGGCCUUUUGCUGUAGGACCAGUAACAGUUAGUUUACAGCCUUUUGCUGUAGGACCAAUAACAGUUAGUCUACAGGUUUAGGAACUCUCACAUAUGGAAGGCCUUUUGCUGUAGGACC